GAAUGUAAACACUGCCAUAAAGCCGGAAGUUUUCAUAUCUAAGUCAAACUUUUAAACCUGUUUUCAAAAGGUACAAUGGUGUCCAGUUGUUACAAUUUAAUUCAUCUUGCAAUCAUAAAUCAAUCACUGGAAAAGAAUGGAUGAAAUUUUAUAUUAUCAUAUAGAUGAAAACAAAUCUUAAUUCUGAAGAUGAAACAUAUGUGCUGCCAUGAUAUCAUCAUGUAAGUGCUAUGAAUAAUGUGUACAUGAAUACGCCAUGAUUUAUGCAUGUGAAGGUACAAUAACAUGAAUGCCAUGAUUCGGAAAAGAAUAUGUAUGAAGUUAAUUUAUAUAUAAAGUUGCCUACUACUUAUUGUGGAUAUAAACAAAAUUAACACCAACAAAGAUGACAUCUCUCUCCAAAGAAGAAGACAACUUUGUGAGAAUGGGCUUGUUAAUAACAGGGAUUUCUCCACGUGCAGCACGAGCUUUGUUUGAUAAAGAAUUUCACCCUUCCUGUUUAGAUACAACCCUGAGGAAAGAGUAUUUCAAACUGAAACAACUUAAGGAUAACAAACAUGUUAUAAACCAGCAGCAGUGGACUUUGUUGUUUCCUAAGCCGCCUGAUAUUCCAAGGUCGGACACCUUUGACGUAACUUUGAUGAUAACAUUACUGAGAAACCUAGCAGUGUUAACUGAUCCUGUAAAAGGAUAUGAUCACCUGCCUAGAUCCGGUGAGAAAACACCUGCUUCGGAUUUGGCAAGGAUAAAGUAUUACAGAAACUACCUAGCCCAUCUUGAAAACAGCAAGAUAGACACUGCUUUAUUCACUACUGCUUGGAACGACAUUAGUGAGGCUAUUGGUAGAUUAGGUGGACCACUAAUGAAGAAGGAUUGUGAUCAGUUAACGGCAAAGGUACUCGAUCAAACAAAUAAAGAAAUCAUUCUGGAAAUAAAUAAAUCAAAGAAUGAGAUUGAGGAAAUGAAACAGUCAUUCAAGAAUUUAAAAAUAUCUCAUGAAGAGGAACGAGCAAAGAAUGUGGAAACAAAAGCAGAACUAUUGACAGAAAUUGAGGAAUUAAAAACAGAGCAGAAAGAAAUUAUUCCAAAGAACAUUAGAGAUCAGAUAAUUAAACAAAUUGAAGAAUGGGAAUGGAAAGAUCAGAUGUUUGUGACUACAAAAGCUAGCGAUCACGUCAUGAAAUAUUUACAAGACAACAGCUGUGUGACCUUGACUGCCCCAGCAGGAGUAGGGAAAUCAUUUAUCGCUAGACAUACAGCACUGGUUUUACAGAAGGAGGGAUACACAAUAAUACCAGUUCAUUCACCAUCUGAUAUACGAGAUUAUUACCAACCUGGUAAACAGACAGUCUUCAUUGUAGAUGAUAUCUUUGGAAAUUUCACUGCCAACCAACAACAGAUUGAGACCUGGGUACAAAUGCUACCUGUGAUAAACACAAUUAUGGCAGACAAGAGUUGUAAGAUGAUUGUAUGUUGUAGAUUGCAAGUUUAUAAAGAUGAGAAGUUUGUAAUGUUAUCCCCUUUGGUACACUGCGAAUGUAACUUAAUAUCCGAUGAAUUAUGUCUUACAGAAAACGAAAAAACAAAAAUAGCAUAUAAGUAUAUUGGUACAAAAAGUAAGAAUCUUAAUGAAAUUGCUAGGCAUUGUGAAUUCUUCCCUCUUUUAUGUUAUCUUUAUCAUGAAAAAAAAGGUACAGAUGUCAAAGAAUUUUUCAGAAUUCCUUUUGAUGUCUAUAAAAAAGAGUUGGACAAUUUAGGCAGACAUGGAGAUGAAGGAAAACAUAAAAUUUGCAGUCUUGCUUUAUGUAUUUUAUUUAAUAAUCGACUAUUAGAGAAAUGGUUCCAGGGUAAAGUUACUGAUGAACAACGACAUAUCAUAGAAGACACAUGUGAGGCUUGUAAAUUGAACAGAAGUACAUCCAAGGCAGAACUUAAAGUGGCACUUGACUCUUUAGAUGGUACAUUUAUAUGUAAAGAGAAUGGAAUUUAUAGUAUCAUACAUGAUAAACUGUUUGACUUCAUUGCUUAUUUCUUUGGUCAGAAAAUGAUUGAAUGUUUGAUAGAACAUGGUGAUAGUUGUUUUGUAAAUGAACGUUUUCUUUGGAUCAAAUCACCAGAUGACAAAAUGAAAACAAUAGACUUCAUUAUUGAAAUACAAGAUCAAUAUUUAGAUAAAUAUUUGAAAAGGUUGAUAGAGAACUGGUUAGCAGGAAUGGUAGCAUUAGUAUUUAGUAGCACUAAUAUGAAAGCAUUAUCAUUCAGACAACAGUUAUUACAGUAUUUAAUACGACUGGACAAAGUACAACAAAUAACAUUGGCUAAUACCAAAGAUGCAGUGAUAUCAAAUGAGGAAUGUGGAUCAGGUACUACUCCUCUAAUAUUGACUUGUCGUGAUGGGUAUACAGAUAUGAUACAGUGGUUGUUAGAUAAUGAAGUGGAUGUUGAUUAUUAUAAAGAUGACAGGGUCACUGCCCUGAACAUGGCAUGUUGUAAAGGUUAUUCUGCUAUUGUGAGUAUGUUAUUAGAGAAGAAUCCUAAUGUUGAUCUAUGUGAAAAAAGCGGCUGUAGUCCUUUGUUAAUAUCAAGUCAGAAAGGAUAUACUUAUAUAGUUAGGUUGCUGUUAAAGAUGAAUCCUAACGUAGAUUUAUGUAACAAUAAUGGCAGCAGUCCUCUGUUACUGGCAAGUCAGAAAGGACAUACUGAUAUAGUAAGGUUGUUGUUGGAAAAGAAUACUAAUAUUGUUCUAUGCAAUAAUAAUGGCAGAAAUGCUCUACUUAUGGCAAGUCAGAAGGGACAUACUUCUAUAGUAAGGCUGCUGUUAGAGAGGAAUCCUGAUGUUGAUCUAUGUACCAAUCUGGGGGUCUCUGCACUUACCAAGGUUUGCUAUAAAGGGUAUACUCCAAUUGUUAAAAUGUUAUUAGACAAGAAUAUUAAUGUUGAUUUAUUUGACAAUAAAGGCUAUAGUCCACUCUACAUGGCCAGUCAAGGAGGACAUGCCGAUAUAGUAAGGUUGCUUUUAGAGAGGGAACCUAAUAUUGAUUUAUGUAGCAAAAAUUCCUGUAGUUCUCUGUUGACUGCAAGUCAGAAUGGUCAUACUGAUAUAGUGAGGUUUUUUUUAGAGAGGAGACCUAAUGUUGAUCUAUGCAACCAUAAUAGGCAUAGUCCCCUGUACAUGGCAUGUCAGAAUGGGCAUACUGAUAUAGUAAAGUUGCUGUUAGAGAGAAACCCUAAAGUUGAUCUAUGUAACAUACAUGGGGUCACUGCACUUAACAGGGCAAGUUAUAAAGGGUAUACAAUUAUUGUGACCACGUUAUUACACAAAAAUCCUAAUAUUGAUUUAUGUGAUAAAAAUGGCUGUAGUCCUUUGUACAUGGCAAGUCAAGAAGGACAUACUGAUGUAGUAAGGUUGCUUUUAGAAAGGAACCCUAAUGUGGAUCUCUAUGAUAAAGAUGGAUGUAGUCCUCUGUACAUAGCAAGUCGGCAUAGCCAUACUGAUAUAGUGAGGUUGCUGUUAGUGAGGAAUGCUAGUGUUGAUCUAUGUACCAACGACAGCUGUAGUCCUCUGUACAUUGCAAGUAUGAAUGGGCAUACUGAUAUAGUAAAAUUGCUGUUAGAGAGAAAUGCUAAUGAUGAUUUAUGUAACAUUAUUUACUGUAGUCCUCUCUUAGUUGCAAGUCAGAAGGGACAUACUGACAUAGUGAGGCUGCUCUUGGUGAGAAAUCCUUAUAUUGAUCUGUGUAGCAAACAAGGGGUCACUGCACUCAGUUUUGCAUGUGAGGGAGGGUAUCCUGACAUUGUGAACAUGUUAUUAGAGAAGAAUGCGAACAUUGAUCUAUGCGACACAAAUGACAGUAGUCCAUUGUUCAAAGCAAGUAUAAAUGGACAUACUGAUAUAGUAAGGCUGCUGUUACAAAGGAAUCCUUGUGUUGAUCUAUGUGACCUUAACGGUUUAAGUCCUUUAUUAGCAGCUAGUAUGAAAGGACAUAUUGAUAUAGUUCGGUUGCUAUUACAAAAGAACCAUAAAGUUGAUGUAUGUUGCAUUCAAGGAUUUAGUCCUCUGCUCGUAGCAACCAUGGAAGGACAUACUGACAUAGUAAGGUUGCUUUUACAAAAGAACCCUUGUGUCGAUCAAUGUAGCAUUUAUGGUAUAAGUCCUUUGUUCGUAGCAUGUGAUAAUGGGCAUUAUGAUAUAGUACAUAUGUUGUUAGCUAGGAAUCCUAACAUUAAUAUAUGUGUCAAUAUUGACUAUAGUCUUUUUCGCACAGUUAGGCAAAAUGUAAAUAAAACUUUUGGAGAGUCUCUGUCAGAACUGAUCCUUGAUCCAUGUUACUUUGAAAAUGGAACUUGUCCUCUGUAUGUAGCUAGUCGUGCAGGGCAUACUGAAAUAGUUAGAUUGCUAUUAAAGAAUUGUCCCAACAUUAAUUUAUGUGACAAAGAUGGCUGUAGUCCUCUGUACGUUGCAAUUCGGAAUGGACAUACUGAUAUAGUAAGGUUGCUGUUAAAAAAGAACGCUAAUAUUGAUUUAUGUAACACAGAUGGGGCUACCGCACUGAUCCUUGCAUGUUAUCAAGGGAAUAUUUCUUUUGUGAGUAUGUUAUUAGAGAAGAAUCCUAACGUUAAUCUAUGUGCCAAAUGCUGUAGUCCUUUGUACAUUGCAAUUCGGAUUGGUCAUACUGAUUAAGUUAGGUUACUGUUAAAGAA